GCCGAGGCUUGCGUUUGGCUUCUUUGAGGGGAACGCACGAUGGACUCCAGUUUCCACCAACCCUUCUCGUUUUUCGGCCGAUGGACUCCUUUCCUCUUCUCUUCCCUCCAUUUCCGAAAACUUCGGAAGGGGAAUUUUAAUCUAAUCCCCACUCCUCCCAUCCCACAGAGUCUGAGUUCGGCCUUCUCACCGUUCAUCUAAGAAGAUUCCGGCGAGAUACGAUGAUGGGGGAGGAGAUGAAGUCUUGUUCGUCGACGCCCUUCGGCUCGUUCACCGAGACCAACACCGAUUCCUCCUUCAAGGAGUCUGAGUCGGGAACGCCCCUCGCGGCCGUGGCGGAGGCCUUCGAGGAGCUGGCGAGAUCGCGGGAGUCCAGCUCCGAGGACCUCAAGGUUGCCGCUUUCUCCGACGCGUGCUCGCUCGUCUCCGUCCUAUUCAAUUGCCUCGGCUUCGCCUUCAAGUUCGCCGAGAUGGAGUACGUGUCCAAGGUAAAUGACCUAAUUGAAGCAUCAAAGACUUAUGAUACAUUGAACAAUAUCCUAGACCAUGAUGUCGAACAUGAUACGGUUACAAAGCAUGGAAGCCACUCGCGUAAUUUGCGUAGAGUCAGACUAGGUCUUGACCUCAUCAAAGCUUUGUUUGAGAGAUUUCUAUCAUCUAAUGAAUGCUCAUUAAAAGAGGCUGCUUUAACUGCAUAUGGACAAGUUUGUGCACCAUUUCACACCUGGGCUGUCAGGACAGCAGUUGGUGCCGGGAUGUGUACUCUUCCGACGAGAGAACAGCUAUUAUUGAGGUUAAAUGAAACUGAUUUUGGCUGUCCAUUAGGCACGUCACGGGCUUCCACUGUUGCUGCAGAAAACUCUGUACAGAAGGAAAUGAGGAGAUAUAUCGAUGCUUGUAGUCCCAUUAUAGAAUACAUUGACAAUCUGUUCCUUUCAAGGAAUAUUAGCCUAGAUUGGUGACAUGACUCAAACAUGCUUUUUUUAAUGGCGCUGAUAGCAAUUCAUCUUCUAUUCAGGCUCCUCAAAUCCAAUAAUUUUCUAACUGGGGAAGCUGCUUUACUAUUUUCCCUAAUUUACCUAUUUUUUUCCUUAGAUCCCUAAUUUAUUGUUAAAAGUUGUACUAUUAUUGUACUACUGCCACUGAAUCAUUGCUGCUGCUUGUUUCUUCAGUGAUAAAUGAUGCCAAUGAUUUUGUUAUAGAUA